AUGGACCGGGCGGCGCUGACGGUUGGGCCGGGGAUGGACAUGCCGAUAAUGCACGACGGCGACCGCUACGAGCUCGUCAAGGACAUCGGCUCCGGCAACUUCGGCGUCGCGCGCCUCAUGCGCAACCGCGCCGACGGACAGCUCGUCGCCGUCAAGUACAUCGAGCGAGGGGAGAAGAUUGACGAGAACGUGCAGCGGGAGAUCAUCAACCACCGGUCGCUGCGCCACCCCAACAUCAUCCGCUUCAAGGAGGUCAUCCUCACCCCGACGCACCUCGCCAUCGUCAUGGAGUACGCCUCCGGCGGGGAGCUCUUCGAGCGCAUCUGCAACGCCGGCAGGUUCAGCGAGGACGAGGCCCGUUUCUUUUUCCAGCAGCUGCUAUCAGGAGUCAGCUACUGCCACUCCAUGCAAGUAUGUCAUCGUGACUUGAAGCUGGAGAACACCCUGUUGGACGGGAGCACAGCUCCUCGCCUCAAGAUAUGUGACUUUGGCUAUUCAAAGUCUUCGGUUCUUCAUUCACAGCCAAAAUCAACUGUUGGAACUCCAGCGUACAUUGCUCCUGAGGUCCUGCUGAAGAAGGAAUAUGAUGGAAAGAUUGCUGAUGUGUGGUCGUGUGGAGUAACGCUUUAUGUUAUGUUAGUUGGUGCAUAUCCUUUUGAGGAUCCUGACGAGCCAAAGAAUUUCAGGAAGACAAUUCAGAGGAUAUUGAGUGUGCAGUACUCUAUUCCAGAUUAUGUCCACAUAUCAACCGAGUGCGGAGAUCUUAUUUCGAAGAUCUUUGUUGGCAAUCCAGCUACUAGAAUCACAAUCCCCGAGAUAAGAAACCAUCCAUGGUUCUUGAAGAAUCUCCCAGCUGAUCUAAUAGAUGAUAGCACAAUGAGCAACCAGUAUGAGGAGCCUGAACAGCCGAUGCAGAGUAUGGACGAGAUCAUGCAGAUCCUGGCUGAGGCCACUAUACCGGCAGCUGGUUCUCGAAUCAACCAGUUCUUGAACGAUGGUCUUGACCUUGACGAUGACAUGGAAGAUCUUGAUUCAGACCCUGACCUUGACGUGGAAAGCAGUGGGGAGAUAGUAUAUGCUAUGUGA